AUGAAGGAUUUAGAGACGCCAUUAGACGCGCUCGCGCGCGCACACCAGCUUCCCUUACAACGACGAGAUCAACCACCGCUUCGCUAUAUGAUCAAGAAGCCCCGGGCGGCGCUGGGCGCACUCGGCGACGCUUAUCUUAUUCUUAUUCUUAUUCUCCUCGACGCGCUCGCGCCGCUGCCCGCGCGCUCUCCUGCGCACACCAGCUUCCCGUACAACGACGAGAUUAACCACCGCUUCGCUAUAUGGCAAGGCGACAUAACGUCUCUGGAGGUGGAUGCCAUCACAAACACAACAGAUGAAACGCUGCUGGAGUGCAACGCCGUCAGCGAGCGGAUCCUGCUCGCCGCCGGGCCCGGGCUCAAGGAGGAGAUCCUCACGAGGGCACUUGAAUGCCGCACGGGCGAGGUUACGGUGACGCCAGGCUUCCGACUGCGCUGCCGCCACGUGCUACACACCGUGGGCCCGGCCUACACGCCCAAGUACCACACCGCCGCCGAGACCUCGCUGCAGAACUGCUACAAGUGAGUGUGACGUCACAGAGUGCCGCACGUGCUGCACACCGUGGGCCCGGCCUACACGCCCAAGUACCACACCGCCGCCGAGACCUCGCUGCAGAACUGC